AUGAGCAGCAAUGCUGGCCACUUCGAGCCAUUAUACAGCACACCUGCUUACCAGAAGGUGUAUCGCCCUGUUACUUGGUCUAUGACCCAUAUACCUCCAGCAGUUGCUGCUACACCUGGUGCGAAGGGAAGAGUCUAUAACAUAAGCAGCUGUAAAAGUACUCCAGAUGCUUGCUUUAGCAUUCAGUUAGCUGCAUCACGACUCAUUGUAACCCGUGCUCGAGCCCCUCAUGAAAUGACUAAAUCUGCUUGGAAGCCUCUUACUCAGCCUCCUGUUCUGAGUGAAGAGCUGAAACGGGCAAGCCCUCCUGCAAUCAACCCUACUGCCAAGCGGUCCAGAGUUACUUCCUCACAGGCUGCUAAAGAUUCAGCUUCAAAAGCUAAUAGAAAUGUUAACAGUUCCCUCCACCGAGUUCUUCCCACCCGUCGCCGCCGCACUCCGACUUCCCCGGCGGAGAUCACCGCAGCCCUCCGCGAUCUCACCACUGCUGUCCAGGAGAUCCGCCUCUUCCUGGCCGGUCCCUACGGGCCGCCGCUGCCAGCGGCGCUGCUGCCGUGGCAGCCGACGCACCAGGCGGCCUUCGCCGCGAUCGCCGGGCCGCUGCAGCCGACGAUGCUGCUAUCGUCGCCGCCACCCGAUGCCGGGCUGCUGCAGUCCCCGCUGCCGCUAUCCACCAUCUCCGGGCCGAGCCCUACCUCGGCGCCGGGGGUCCCUAUUCUCCAACAGCCGGCCGCCUUCUUCCCCACCAGGAUGCUACAGCAACAGCAGCUGUCGCCGCCACCAACGCAGCUGCUGUCCUCACCGACGCUGUCCCUGCCCUUCGGUGGGCAGCUGCAACAACAACAGCAGUUGCCGUCGCGACCAACACCGCAGCAGCGGCUGCUGCCGCCACCGACGCCGUCCCUGCCUUUCGGCGGUGUGGGAGCGACCUUGGCCCCAGGCUCUACAUUGACACCGCCCGGGAUGCCCUUCCACCAGGUCUAUUUCCCUCCGUCGCCGUCACCUCUUCCGCCUUGGAUCACUAUCCGCCACGUGUCGGCGGCGGUGAGGCUGCAGGCUGCUGCGCGUGGCCUCCUAGUGCGUCGGCGUGUGCGGGAGAUGCGUGAUCUGCAGCUGCAGCUCCUCCAAGUUGCGCUUCGUUGCGCACCGGACCUCGAUCUCGUCCGCUGCGUCGGGGAUCUUGGGCGUGCGGUUUCCCCCAUGGGCGGCGGACAUGUUGUUUUUCCCGCGGGCAGCGACCUCAAACUUGCUAUAGCUCUUUUGAAGCUCAUGCUAAAGCAACCUAAAGCUCACGCUAACAUCUUGGUUAUACUAAAAUGUUUAGUAUUUCACUGA